CAGUAACCAUGGCUGAAAUGCGCCUUGUUGGGCGCAAGCCCGCUUUCGCGACGAAUUGCUUGGCUACCGGACGCAAACCCAUGCUUGUAGCUCACCCCAUCGAAGUGGGUUGCCAUCCAUUUAGCAAGCCCAACAUGGCAAUCACGAAAAUGUUGUCCGCCUCAAAUCGCCCUUCGCCACAUGUGCAAUUCGGCGGCGCUCGCAGCGAGGCAGCGGCCUCUGGCCGUCGCGUGCAGGUCGCGUCAGCGGCUGUGGACAACGCCAGCGGCCCUAGCAGCAGCGGGCAAGGGCUCAGCACCAGCUCCAGCACCAGCAGUACCUCAAGCGGCCCUGGAGCCAGCAAACGGGCCCCAGCUCCGGCUCUGCCGCGCUGGGCUCAGGUGAAGCCGGCUGACAGCCUGGAGAGCCCGUUUCGCGACUUGGAGCUGAUGGAGCUUUGGGAGGGGACCGGCAGGACGCGUGUACGGCAGCACGUGAACCCGCUGCGGCGAGAGUUCCAGGUGCCGGCGACCGCGCCGGACUGGUCUGCGGUGUUUGCCGACCCCACCCUGCCCCUGGCGGUUGACAUCGGGUCGGGCUACGGGCGGUUUCUGUUGCUGCUACAGCGCAACAACCCCAACCGCCAGAUCAACUACCUGGGCAUCGAGAUCCGCCGUACGCUGGUGGACCGCUCCAAUGAGUGGGUGGCGCGCCUGGGUCUGACCGGCCGGGUGCACUACGUGUUCGCCAACGCCACCGUAUCGUUGGAGGCGCUGCUGGCAGGCUACCCGGGCCCAGUGACGGACGCCUUCGUGCAGUUCCCCGACCCGCACUUCAAGCGGCGGCACCGCAAGCGGCGGGUGGUGCAGCGGCGCCUGGUGGACGCGCUGGCGGCAGCCAUGCCGCCCGGAGGCCGUGUGCUGCUGCAGUCGGACGUGGAGGGAGCGGCAGUGGCCAUGCGCAACGCCUUCGAGGCGUGGGGCCCCGAGGCCUUCGCCCUGGCGCCCGAGCACGGCGCCCCUGGGGCCGUGUUCUUCAGCAGCAGCAGCCGCGGAAGCAGUGGAACCAGUGGGAGUAGCGGGAGCAGUGGGAGUGGUGGGGGCGGUGCGGCCGACACGGCAGAGGCGGCGUCGCCAAGGCAGCAACCCUCGCAACCGGCAGCCGCGCAGCCCGCAGCGGCAGCAGCAGAACCUCCGCACGCGCCAUCAGCCCCUCCACCAAGCCCCACCUCCACCUCCACUUCCGCCUCCACAUCAACACCAGCAUCAACGUCCGCACCGCAGACGCCCAACUACGCCGCCGCCGCCGCGGCGGCGGCCCGCCACGCCAUGGCCUCGGCUGUCGCCGCGUCGGCGGCGGUGCGCCAGGCGGAGCAGCAGGCAUCCAGCACCGCGGGCAGCAGCGCCAGCGAGUCUGAGUCAGAGGAGGGCGACAGUCACAGCAGAGGUGCCGCUGCGGUCGGGCAGGGCGGUCGCGCCGAGAAGGAGCCGGAGGAGCCUGAGGCGCAGGAGCAGGAGCAGGAGCAGGGAGGGGAGGAAGAGGAGGAGGGGCCGGAUGCGGUGGACAUUGAUGCGUUGGAGUCGGUGUGGGCGGCGGGGGGCUGGCUGGCGGAGAACCCGGUGGGCACGCCCACGGAGCGCGAGCACUACGUGCAGCAGCAGGGGCUGCCCGUGUACCGAGUGCUGCUGGUGCGCAGGUAGAGCCGGUGGAUGGCGAGCUGUUGGUGCGGAGGGAGGGGGCGGGAGCGCUGGGAGGCACGUAACAGUGGAGAGCUGGGAGGUAAUCAGCUGUGGGAUAGCUGGAGUUAGCUGAGAGGUAGCUGUGGGAGAGCUGCAAGCUUGAAAUAGCAUAGUUAAACGCUUAGGUAGGACCGUUAGGAGCUGGCGGGUGGGUGAAGACGCUGUCAUGGCUGGGCAUGCGUGUCGGGCGCCACUGUUGUCUGGAACUGCUGGCAGCUGGCAGUUGGCGGAGGUUCAGAUGGCUGCAUUGCAGUUAUGACAGUCUUGCACUCUUGCCGAGUACGGUAACUUCCAAAGCGUA